GUAAUCACACCAACAGCUCGGCCAACUCCUCCAACCAGAGAACCAUCCACUACAACAACUCGAUCAACAGAGCCAGAUACUACAACGACUUCACCAACUACCACGACUACAGAGCCAACGACUGCAACUACUAUACCAAGUACUACAACUACAGAAGCGACCAGGACAACAACAAGUUUUGAAUACACGACAAUGUCUACAAUUGAUACUACCUUCCGCCGGCAGAGUCCAGAGCCUACACCAACUGGUCUACCAGUGGCGAGCAUUGAAAAUACUGGAUGCACAUGCGUUCCAGAGACUGUUUGGCUAGAUGUGUUCCUUCUGAUGGACGCUAGUUUGUCCAUGACUUCUGAUGGAAUAGCUUCGGUAAUUAUGUUCGAUUUAAGACACAUUUAA